AGCGCCAAGGCCCAGCCUUGCACAGUUCAUCAUCCUAGUGUGUGACUGGAGCACUAAAGGGUGGGGACCACACUGUACUGAAAUCUUUGAAUUCUACUAUCAUUUGUAUCAGUGCUGACAACAAGGGGACUACAGCAGACAUUCAAGUGGACGAGAAAGGAACGGAAGAAAGCACAGCUCUUCUGCAUUCAUGCCCAACACGACCACCUCAAGCUAUGCCCUACCCUCGGAAGGGCAACUCGGAUAUGGAGGAGGAGGCAACACGGACGAAGCCUUCAAGGCGCAGAGGGUCCAGGAGCAGGUCCGACUGCGGAUGACACAGAAGAAGACCAGUCAGAGUAGCGCCGGUCAGAGUGCUACUCUGACCAAAACUACAGGCCAAGGCUACGGCGACUCCAAAGACUUGGGAUUGUCAUCUGUCAAGUAUGCAACAGUGACUCCAGGAUACAGUUCCAGAUCUUUCAUGUAUCAAAUGGAGUCAAAAGCAGCGGUGCCACUACAAUCUAGAUAUGGUACCGUACGGACUGGGGGAUGGUCAUCUCGUUCUGCUGUAGACAUGGGCUCCAGUCGGAAGAUGAGCGUAGGACGCUCUGGUGGAGGCAAUGUUUACCAGACGAGGCACACCACGGUACGCAGAGUGAGCAGACCCCAGCCAGACCUGGAAACUAUGUCCCUAAGGUCCCUGCGUUUGCCAAAUGGUCCUCCUGUUAUGCCUGUUGCUGGCUGGGAUGAUGGGGAAUCCAGCAUGAUUUCUGACCAAGUGGACGGUGGUAUGAUGCAGCAGUCCUUGUAUGGAGGGAGUAGCUAUGGUACAAGCUCCCAGUACAGACACAUAUCCAGCAAUGAUGCACCAGGCACAAUGAGCUUGCGGAGGACUGCUAGUGGUACUCUGCCUCAUGGACUAACUGGGCAAAUUGAUUAUCAGGAGCAAGUGGAUAUGGUGCCACAGCAGUCAAGAGCCCGGGGUCCUGCCAUGCGUACCCUCAACCGAAUCCAGACCAAUAACCGAUUCAAUCGGAUGAGUAUGGGCUCUAUUUCAGGAGCAAGUACCAUGCAGCAGCAGCAACAGUAUGCAUCCAACUCCUUUGUCAGUAACCCAGUGCAAACAACCAAUGGCUCUUAUAGCAGUUUAGUCCAGCAGCAGAUUCCUCGGGCCACUUCCAUGAGGAGUCUACACAGCAUGACUAAAGGAAUGGAUACUUAUGAUGAUCUAGAGAAUGUCACUGAUGGAGUGGGUAACAUGGCAGUUGGAUUUGAUCGAUUAAAUAUGGGCUCUGCUGUGGAAUCACUCUCUUCCAGUGAUACUGCCGUACAGGUCUUGGGUGCAGCUUUUAUCCAGCAUGAGUGCUACAAUAAAACUGAAUCCAAAAAUCAGGCUCGCCACUUGAAAGCCAUUCCAAAACUUGUGACCCACUUCAAUAGUGACAAUCUGGAGGUACAGCGCUUUGCCACAGGAGCCAUGAGGAACCUUAUCUAUGAAAACACAGACAACAAGAUGGAGCUUAUCAAUUGUGAUGGCCUUGUGAAACUCAUGAAAGCAUUGCAGGUGAACGAUGAUGAGCUGAGGAAGAACAUCACAGGGAUUUUGUGGAAUUUGUCCUCAAAAGAAGAUCUGAAAGAGAAACUAGCUAUUACAUCCCUCAGUGACCUCACUAAAAAUAUUGUAAAGCCUCUGACUGCGCAGAACAGUACAGGGAGGAUUUGUCAAAAUGCCUCUGAAGCAGAAAUCUUCUGUAAUACCACUGGCUGUCUCAGAAACCUGAGCUCAGUGAGUGACAACAUACGAAACCGCAUGCGAGAUUCUUCAGAACUGGUGGACUCACUGAUCAGAUACAUGCAGGAUUCAGUGGAAAACGGCAAGACAGAGGAAAAGGGAUUGGAGAAUGUUGUGUGCAUACUAAGAAACCUCUCCUUCAACCUCUACACUGAGCUCCCACCAUCAGUUUUAUUGAAGUUGGACGGACCAACAAGGCGUGAAGAAGGAAAUUCAAAGAAAAGUGACACCAUUGGCUGUUUUACGCCCCAAAGCAAGAAAGCCAAGCAGAAACAAGGCACAGAUCUGUACACAUUCUCCGAGAUAAGCAAGGAACCCAUAGGAAGGGAAUGGCUCUGGCACCCUAACAUUAUUGAAAUCUAUAAUAAGCUCCUACAAAAAUGUGAGAUCAACAACACAACUCGAGAAGCAGCUGCUGGAGCUCUGCAGAACAUCACUGCUGGAGAUAAGAGGUGGGCAGGUGUCCUGAGCCGAGUAGCUUUGGAGCAGCACAGGAUCUUACCAACUGUCCUAGAUAGCCUGAGAACUAACAAUGAGCAGGAACUGCGAUCUGUGACAGGUUUCCUAAGGAAUCUGUCACGUCAUGCUCCUAACAAAGAUGACUUUGCUACUAAGGUGGUGAAUAACCUCAUUGCAAAGCUGCCAAAUGACAGCAGGCAGGAUCAGCCAUCUGUUGAUGUCAUCAUGAAUAUCUGUGCCACACUCAACAAUUUAGUAGCCAAUUCCUCGAUGGCAGCCCGUGAUAUUGUAUAUUUUGAUGGUGUGAAUAAACUGGUAGACAUCAAGAGAAACAAAAGCAGCCCUGGCAGAGAGAAGGCAGCAGAUGCAGCCAACACAGUCCUGUCCAACAUGCUACGCUACACCAAACUGCACCGUGAUUUAAAAAAGAAAGGAUUCCAUAAACGUGAUCUUUUAGAUUAAACUCAACAAACACAAAGCCCUUCCUUUUGAAAAUAUCAGUGUUGUGGUUGCCUUGAAAAAGGACCCAAAAAUAUACUCAUAUGUUUUUCUUUCUACCACCCACCCAUGACAAGCUCCAUCCACUCAGACGUCACAUUAACCUCCAAAAUUGCAACCCAUGUUGUCCCACAUCAGCUGUGUUCCACCUCUUUGAGUCCAUGGGAAUGACUGAAUUAGAUAUCUUCACAAGACCGUGAGAUUAAUUCUCCAGAAGAGAAUACAACAGAAGGUCUCAGAUUGCACAGCUCCUUUUAAUGUUCUCAAAAUGAUGACACGAGUAAGGAUUGUUAAUGAAUUGGCGAAGACCAGCAUAAACUGGAGCGUGACACUAUCACUGAUUGAGCCUGCCUAGGAUGUGCUAUUUUUAAGAAUUUCCAGGUGGCCUUACAUUUGGGAGGUUUGAUAAGCUGAAAACAACAUUACAAUGGUCUUUCAUUAUGCUGGAGACAAUCUUUCCUUUACACGAGCAUCAUACAGCACUAACUGUCCUCUGUUGGGAUUAUCAUCUUGGAUUAUUCAAGUAACACCUUUUAUAUUUUAAGAGCUUCUGUAGAAAGCCAAUUCCCCCCCUGGGGGCAAAUAGAGUUCUAUCUAAUCUAUGGUGACUGUGGACCUACGGCCAGUCUAGGAGGUACACCUGAGGGACUGCUUCUCAAUGAGUAGCACAGUGAGACCUGUGGACUUGGAUUUGAGAUAAUGUGGCAUGCACUAUGUCUAUCAUCACAAAGAAGUUUGGCUUCACUGGACAAUGCAGGAUGUUCUGCAUGUAGGCAGGUAUCUCGAAAUAUUUGUGUUUCAUCAGUGGGACUGGCAACUUUAGACACUGGAGUUUCACCUACAACAGGAUUGGCAUUCUGAGAGAAAGUUGGCUUCUCAUUAGAGGUGGCCACUCAUGUUAGGCAAAUGUGUUUUAGUUCAUCCACCUGCUGAAAAAACUGCCUUGCAUUAUGGUCAGCAGUUGAAAUUUAUUUAAAUUUCAGUGAAAAAUUCAGUAAUUGUAAGUCUUCACAGUCGUGUUUGUAGUUUAAACAAUUUGCAAACAUUAUUUUUUUCAUCUUUUUCUGGAUAGCUGAUUCAAAAGCCAUGAAACCUGGACAUGUUCCCACUUGAUCCAGUUUCCUUUUGAACAGCUAUCAUAAAAAUACUCUUCUUGCUUUUGGAAUGUUAAUUUUUUCUCAUGUUUUUAAAUAAGAAUUAUUUUUGCAAUUCUGUAUUUUUUAAGAAAGACGAAUAGAGCAUAAAAAUAAUUUAGUGCCUUUAAGUAGUGGUACACAAAUUGUGAGGCUUCUACAUAAUAAAUGGGAAAAAACCCUUGAACUGUGUAUUUAUGGAGCGAGAGGCCUGCUCUUUCUGCUCCAUGUCUGAGUGUGUGUGAGUGUGGCAGAGAGGUCCGGUUUUGCACACAUUAAGCUGUGACAGAAGCACUUACAGUACAUGACCAUUUUUUUUUUUUUUAGUUCCCAGCUUUAUUUUUAACACUGUGUCUGAAGCUUGUGGUGCUUAGGUAGCAGUAGACAUGAAUCCUUGUAUGCAUGUAUUGUGUGUGGAGGGGCGUAAACGGAGGUUUAGUUUACUUUUGUGUGAUGAACUGACUUGUGUUAUGCAAAAAACUUCAAGAUGUUUAUAUCAAGUAUUCUGAGUAAACAGCAUAGCUAUUGUUAUAGCUAUCUUAUUAACUGUUUCAUUUAUGAUUUAUGUUGGUGGUGAGCAGAAAAAAUUAAAUUUUUCAAAGAUG